CCGCGAUAUCCUGUCAAAGAGUGGCUGGUGGGGGAUAUAAUAUCCGGGAUCAGCGUUGGUAUCAUCCAACUACCACAAGGGUUAGCGUACGCCCUGCUGGCCGGAGUCCCCCCAGUCUUUGGUCUGUACUCCUCAUUCUAUCCUGUACUUCUUUACUGCAUAUUCGGCACAUCCCGACACAUCUCUGCAGGGACCUUCGCUGUCAUCUCUGUGAUGGUCGGAAGUGUGACGGAGUCCCUGGCACCAUCUGACAGUUUUCUUCUGCCGGGCAAUGACUCGAAGGUGGAUGAGGAAGAGAGGGAUGCUGCCAGGGUUCAGGUGGCAUCAGCCUUAACCUUGUUGGUUGGAAUAUUUCAAAUCUUGUUGGGUCUGAUGCAGUUCGGCUUCGUGGUGACGUACCUUUCGGAGCCUCUGAUUCGUGGUUACACCAGUGCAGCGGCUGUUCAUGUGGUUGUGUCUCAGGUGAAGAGCAUUCUGGGAGUAAAGAUCAACCAAAGGAGCCACCCGCUGUCCCUCAUCUAUACCAUCGUGAAUAUCUGCAGCAAGCUGCCCAAGACGAACGUCGCCUCUCUCAUCAUCGGUCUCAUUGCCAUCGCCGUCCUGUUCACAGUGAAGUUUCUAAAUGAGAAAUACAUUUCGAAGAUUCGAUUUCCUAUACCAAUCGAGUUGAUCACGCUAAUUGUGGCCACUGGGAUCGCGUACGGGGCCGAUCUGAACAAAGCGUAUGGUGUGGACAUUGUCGGAGACAUCCCAACUGGGCUGAAGGCUCCAUUCGUGCCAGAUGUUUCCAUCUUUACCAGUGUGGUUGGCAAU